UCGAAAACUAAGUUUCUUCACUCUCCACUUCAUAAUAUCAACUUCAUUUUAAACAAUUAGAAAGAACAAAUUAUACAUGUCUCCACAAACAUAAAAAAAUAUUAGUUAUCUAAAGAAGAUAUAUUAUUUAUAAUAUUAAAUAUACCGGAAAAAUAAUUAUAUGUGUGUGGGCGGGUACCCAUGGGGCGGGUUUACCUAAACCCAAACCCAACCCAAUCUAAUGAAUAGUAUAGCGGGUUUAAACCCGAACCCGACCCAAAACCCGUCAACAUGGAUUUUACCCUCGUUGACCGGAUUGGGUCGGGUGGAUACCCGUGGGUUCGAGUUUUGUUACCAUCCCUGGAUGGGGGAACUGAGUUUACAGCCCAAACUUGUAGGACAUUGUUCCCACGAAGCUGCCUUGCCUGCACACGUACUGGAUCUCCUCCAACUCACCGCCAAAUCCUUCAUUUAUUGCACACUUCUCUUGUUAUUCACCUGAUGUUACAUCCAGAGCCAGGGGUGGGAUUGGAAGUUAGAUAUGAUCAUUAUCAAAUGAUUUUAAAAUCACAAUGUUCAUUUAUCAUUCUAGAAUUGUAACGGUGCACGAUCGGUUAUCGUUCGAGGCGCGAACAAUGCCUCGUAAUCCGAUUCCUCGAUCAUUUCUCAUCUCGACAUCCGUUUUUUUCAAUUUGAAGAAUUCAUUGGGGAGGUUGGGAUCGAGGGAGUUGGGGAGGUUCGAGCACGACCAUGCAAACCUGCCGAAUGAGUACUUCAAAGGCUGUCUUGCACCCAAUAGAUAGCUUGUUGUACGAUUUUAUCCCCAUCUCCGUCUUUUCAUUGUUGAAAUCGUGAUUGUUUCGUUCUCUCCAGGAUAUACCACUAGGUUGCACUGAAUUCUCGAAUAUUUUCUUAUGGAGGAAACUUCGAAAACGUAACCGAGCAAAUUCAAACUGCGCAAAGAAGAUUCGACGAUGGUAUAUGAACAUUGCACUUAAUGUAAUGAAUAGGUAACGAAAAUAUGUACUAAUAUAAAAUUUUAAACCCCUACAGAAAUGAAAAAUAAAAAUAAAAUAAAGAACACAUGCACAUAUAGUUUUACCUCUGUCAGCCAGAUUUUUUUUUUUUUAAAUGUUUGGGUAUUAAUUAGCUUACUGUUGUUGUUUCAUUAAUGUGGUUUUGAAUUUGAAAAUUAUGAUAGAGAAAUAGCCAGCGAUGAUGAUAAAGAGAUUUGAAUUGUUAUUAUAACCCAAUGAUUCAAAUUUGAAUUAGGGAGUGUGGGUUUGAUUUCCUUCAAGAAAAAUUACAACAGGAGAAGGAGAAGGAGAAGAGUAUCUGAAGAAAUUGCUGCGAAGAUGGCAAUUUAAUGCAGCUGUGCGGUAUAUACCGUAACUGUGAAGAUAGAAUACGGAUUCAGAAUCCAGCCCAGGCCCAGCAGAGCACAGAAGAAAAAUAUACUAUUUAUUUUUUCCCCCUCUUUAGUUUGGCAAUUGGCAUAAUGAAGUUUUGAAUAUGAAAUUUGAAUUUUUGUAAUAUAACUUUUUAUGUUGUAAAUGGGAUACACACUCGUAACCCGGUUAGGCAUUUUCGAUUACCCAAUUGAUCGAGGAUGAAGGGCUUCUGAUAUGUGUAUGUCCAACAUUUGUGUAUAGCUCCGCAUACUGGGUGGUUGAAAUGGCAACUUGCUGGAAUGGGCGCAUAAUGGGUUACCCCUCGAACGGUGUUCUCGUGAGCAACAAUGUCUAACUCGAUGAGUGACACCUAAAGGGAUCGCCUCGAAUAAGAUCACAUUACGCAACAUUAUAGGGUCCUACGGACCGUGGAUUAAUGCAUAAGGAUGAGGUCAUCAUAUGUAUUAACAAUCUUAGUAACCUUUCUCUUAUUGGAGAUUAAAGGGCAUUGAUGGAUUCGAGCCAUGAAAUGGGUCAUGUUGUGUUUUCCUUAGUGAUAUGAGGGUAACAGGGCAAUAUCGAGCGUAUCCCUGAGUUUUCAUGCGCGUGUUCAAGUGAUAAAUCAAUUUAAUCUCUUUUAACGGCUAUGCACUUAUGUUUAUCGAUUCAGAUUCUCGAUCAAAACUACCGUCCCCUACAUUAUUUCUUAGUCCCAAAAUUAAGUAAGAACUAAGAACAUAAGGUAAGAAUGGUGAUUGUACCAAUAUAUACGUGUGCUAAAGACACGAAUGGGAUCAAAACUCAAUUAGUUAAAAUAUGCCUAAAGAUCAAAAUGAUGAGAUUAACAUGCAGCAUUGGAUCAUUAUUGUAGUAAUCACAUUGGAACAAAUUACAAACGAAAACCAAGGACAGUGUGGGGAUUAGAUUAUAUAUUGAAUGAAAAUUCAUGCCCAAAAGACACGAAUGGGGGACAGUUCCUGAAAUCGCUUUUUUUGACUCUUCUUCUUCUUCUUCCGGUAAUUAUGCCACAAACUUUUCAAUUGCCUUCCAACUAGUUUGCCCCUCAUUCCUUUCUUUUUCCUUAUUAUUUUUUAUUAAUUUUCGUUACCUUAUUUAUGUUUAGCCAAAUUAAUCCCCUACUUUUAAGUUGUCUCACAAAUGACAAUGUUUAAGUGUACUUUAGUACACAAAAGGACGCAUUAAUUUCAAUCCCUUUUUGCUUUUUAGCUUUCAAGAAAGCUCGACGCAUUACUGCAUUAGCAUUACCCACUGAAGUCUAAACCGAGAGAAAUACUGUUUGGUUUCCGGAAACAAACAAAAAUUCUUUUUGGUUUCUCACUCUUUUUCCCCCAUUAGUUUGUAUUUUUUUUACCCUUUAGUGAGGCAAAUGGCAAUAGUAAAAUAGUAAAAAAAAAAAAAUGUAAAAAUGCCAAAAGGGACGUUAAUAAAUCCACACCGACCUUCCAGUGAAGCGCCAAAGAGACACCCACAUGACUCUGUUCUUUCCUUCAACCGUUUCUCUCCACUCCUGCAAAUGAGAAAAUAAUUAACACAUUUUAUUCAAAAAAAAUAAAUUUCGAUUCAUUAAUGGAGGCCUGCCAAUUUCUGCCUCUUGGGCUACCUUCCUUUUUUUUUUCCCUCCUCGAUAUAUAGUGGCUUGAGCUCCUCCACACACUCACAAUCCCUUAUUCCUCCUUCCUUCCUUCCUCCAGCCAUUUCCUUUCUCUCCCGCACCUUGGUUGUGUGCUUUAUCAGAAGUUUUUAGCUGAUAAUCCACAACCCACAUUGCCUAAUUAAUCCACUCUUAAGUGUGGAUUAGUGAGUGCUUAAGCUUCCCUGUGUACAUCAUACAUUUUUCUCUACCUGUCUCUGUUCUUCCCCUGUUUGAGCAGAGAUAAGAGUAGCCGCCUGCUACUGCAUUUACUGAAAAGUGGAGGAAAGAAGGAACAACCCAUUUUCGCUGUGUAAUUAUACAGUUAUGGAGAAGUCUGCGAGGCGAAUUUCAGCUGCUGCUGCUCCCCUGCUUCUUCUGUUCUUACUCUGCUCUCUCCACUCUGCUUUCGCCGGCCAUGACUACGGCCAAGCUCUCAGCAAGAGCAUUCUCUUCUUCGAAGCUCAGCGCUCUGGGUUCCUCCCCCAUAACCAGAGGGUGACUUGGAGAUCUAACUCUGGCCUCAAUGACGGCAAAGCCAGCGGGGUGGAUCUGGUCGGAGGGUACUACGACGCCGGCGACAAUGUGAAGUUCGGCCUCCCCAUGGCGUUCACCGUCACGAUGAUGUCGUGGAGCAUUAUCGAGUACGGCAAGCAAAUGGCUGCCAGCGGCGAGCUUCACAACGCCAUGGAAGCUAUCAAGUGGGGAACCGACUACUUCAUCAAAGCUCACCCGGAACCCAAUGUUCUCUACGGAGAGGUCGGCGACGGGAACACCGAUCACUACUGCUGGCAAAGGCCCGAGGACAUGACCACCGACCGCCGUGCUUACCGGAUCGACCCGAGCAAUCCCGGGUCGGAUCUCGCCGGAGAGACAGCCGCCGCCAUGGCCGCCGCCUCCAUCGUCUUCCGCCACUCCAACCCGGCAUACUCCCGCGAGCUCCUCAACCACGCUUAUCAGCUCUUCGAUUUCGCCGACAAGUACAGAGGCAAAUACGACAGCAGCAUCACCGUCGCCCAGAAAUAUUACCGCUCCGUCAGCGGCUACAAUGAUGAAUUACUGUGGGCAGCAGCUUGGCUCUACCAGGCUUCCAACAACCAGUACUACUUGAACUACCUUGCAGCCAACGGCGACGCCCUCGGCGGAACCGGCUGGGGCAUGACCGAGUUCGGCUGGGAUGUCAAAUACGCCGGCGUUCAGACCCUGGUCGCCAAGUUCUUGAUGCAAGGGAGAGCUGGCCCUCACGCCGCGGUCUUCCAGAGGUACCAGCAGAAGGCAGAGUACUUCAUGUGCGGCUGCGUCGGGAAGGGGAGCAGGAACAUCCAGAAGACACCGGGAGGCUUGAUCUUCAGGCAGAGGUGGAACAACUUGCAGUUCGUCACCAGUGCGUCUUUCCUCGCCACGGUCUACUCCGACUACCUGUCCUCGGCUCGCAAGUCCCUGCAGUGCUCUGCUGGAAAUGUGUCUCCUUCUGAGCUCUUUAGCUUCGCCAAGUCUCAGGUGGACUACAUUCUUGGCGACAACCCUAGGGCAACGAGCUACAUGGUUGGGUAUGGCAACAACUAUCCUCAGCAGGUUCACCACAGGGCGUCGUCGAUCGUGUCGUUCAAGAAGGACCCUAGGCCGAUCAGCUGCCGCGGAGGGUAUGCCACUUGGUUCAGCAAGAAAUCGAGCGACCCCAACCUGUUGACUGGUGCCAUUGUCGGUGGUCCUGAUGCUUAUGACAAUUUCGCUGACCAUAGAGAUAACUAUGAGCAGACUGAGCCUGCUACUUACAACAAUGCACCUCUUCUGGGUAUUCUUGCUCGUCUUGGUGGCGGACAUGGAGGCUACAACCAGCUCCUCCCAGAAGUUGUUGUUUCUGCUCCAAGACAGCCCACUAGAGCUCCAGCUGCCAGACCUGUUACCCCUGCUCCAGUUUCGACUUCUGCAGCACCUAUCGCCCUUGUUCAAAAGGUGACUGCUUCGUGGAAAUCUGGAGGCAAAACUUACUACAGAUACUCCACCAUUGUGACCAACAAGUCACCCAAGGCACUGAACAGCCUCAAGCUAUACAUUAACAAGCUCUACGGUCCGAUCUGGGGUUUGACGAAAUCGGGGAACUCUUAUGGCUUCCCAUCAUGGAUCAAGUCACUGCCGGCUGGGAAAAGCCUCGAGUUUGUCUACAUUCAUUCUGCUUCUCCUGCAGAUGUCUCUGUUUCGAGCUACACACUGGCUUGAACAAGAAGAUGAACGAAAGAAAAGGGUUUGGAAAGCAAAACCAAAGACGAUUUACGGCAUUGUGAAUUUCAGUAACUGUGCAGCUAUAUAUAUACUUCUGGAAGAACGGCAAAAGGAUUUGCAGGCAGGGGUGGUCCAAAUUUUUGUUUUGGUUGCCUUCCCACCUCGUUUCUCUUUACGUUUUUUUUUACUAUUGUGGGAUCUUCUCUGCAUCUUAUAUUAUGUUGAAGUUUGGAGGAUGAAAGGAGCGAAGGGACGACGGUUUGAAGGACGAAAGGAGAAAGUGCUCAUCCUCUUUCACCUCCUGCUUCACUGCUACAGCACUCGUGUCAUUGUUGUUCUAUAGGUCGUCUAUCUCUAUAUAGGGGUUUUGAGAGAAAAAGGGAGAAUGAUUUGUUUGGUAGUGAGUGAGUACGGGGAGAAGAAAAGGCUUCUCUCGACUUCUCAGAUUGCUGUUUGCGGAAGAAUGUCUUUUGAUUACUUUUCAGCUUUCUGGUCUUUGUUUCGUUGUUGUAAGCUCUGCAACACCACUUUUUGAGGUUUGUGAAGAUUUAGUUUGUGGUAAUCAACAUUGUUGUCUCUCGCCUUCUUGCCCAACGCUCUAAUCCAGGUAGCUAAUUUGGUAGAGCUAGCUCAAGUGGCAUGAAUGUUGGCCUGCUGCUUUUCUUGUCGCGAUUCAGGGUUCGAAAUUUGCCUUCCUCUCCUUGCUUGUGUACACCACAGGUUGGUUUUAAGCUAGUCUUGUGAUGGGUGACUAUCCAGCACGGUUUGGUUGAUGUGCCUCUUCAUUUCAACCACAAGGCGAAGUUUGCCUCCUAGGCUCGCCUUGCUUAGCUUCAUUGUUUAAGGUUAGAUAACGGUUUGGGAUACGGCCAGUAAUUAUUGGUUACUGACCUAUAAGUAACUAAAUCUGGACCUUUAGAUCUAAGUGGACCCAGAAAAUUCAAAUCUAAGGGUUGUGAAAUAAAAACAUUUUUUUUCUUAAUCGGCUCUUAUCUUCUUCGUUCUAACUCGGAUUUCAUUCCUCUUCGUUUUUAAGUCGUUUUUUAAAACGUUUGCUCAAAAAGAACAAGUUCAUCAUGAUCUAUUGGAUCUACAAAUUUCUGGGUGAAAAAAUACAUGACCAAAAAUUACCAUACUUUACCACUAUGGUAUGUGGAUGGUAACUUGUGAUAAACAAUGAUGAAAGUCGUAAAUGACAAUAUACUCCUACUAUCGUGUAUUCAACCUUCCUACCAAAUUGGUAUGUUCAUACCAUCAUGAUACGCUUUCUUACAUAUGGUAUUAAAUAGAAGCAUACCAUAUGUUAUUGACUGGUAAAAAAUGACUCUUUUUUUUGUUCAAAAAAUAUAUCAAACUGGAUAUCAUUUUAAAGAGCACAAUUAAUAUGAUUUAUUUGUACAAAAAAAUUUAAAUUUCGACUUAAAACGAGAGAGAAAUCGUCCGUUAAAGAUUAAAAGAGCGAAAAUAAAAGAAUUUACAAGAGAGAGAAGAAUGUUGAUGUCAUGUUGAUGUGAACGAAUUACUCAUAAUUAUUCACUCUAAGGUUACUGCCCCGAUCCUGACAACACAAUUAGGGAUUUGAGAAAAUGUUGUCUGUGGUAAUCAACAUUGUUUGUCUUUGUGUUGAAAAAUAUUUGACACUCUGUAAUUUGGGUGGGGUACAAGUACUACUUUUGUCCUGCCUUGUGGUGUCGCCUUUUUUUGAUUCAUUUAUCUUAAUGUGUCUCAAUAUCUAUUUAUUUAACAUAUUUUGACUUAUUUCAACUCAUAUUUCUUAUGAAUAAUACUGUAAAUAAGUGCAAGACUUCAUCUUUCAAUUAUUGAAGUCAAUGAAUUUACGUAUUAUCU